CUGCCACUGGAGAGCGCUCGUGCAAUACUCGCUUCCUCUCGCCAGCAUCGCGGUGGUUUCGUCUAGGAGUUCAGCUGUGAUCCGGACCCCGCUGUGUGCCGUGCGGAGGGUGCUGUCCAGGAGUUUGGGGAGACGUGCUCUCGACUCUCUUCCUUCUCCCUGUGUCCAGUAAGCGGUCCAGUGGCUCGAGCACGAUGUCGGACGAGGAGGACGUGCCCGCGGUGAAGAAGUCGCGCAUCUUCUAUGGCAGCCUGGAGGAGCGCGAGCGCGAGCGCCUGGGCCGGGGCGAUGCGCGCGGCGCCAGCAGGGAGGCCCUGAAGGCCGGCAUCGAGGCCGGCAACAUCAACAUCUGCAGCGGCGAGUCUAUGGAGCUGGAGGAGCGGGUGAAUGAACGUCAGGCAGAAGUCCUGGCAGAGUUUGAGCGCAGGAAGCGUGCUCGGCAGAUCAACGUCUCCACUGAUGACGCGGAGGUGAAGGCCUGCCUGCGCGCCCUGGGGGAGCCCAUCACGCUGUUCGGGGAGGGGCCCGCCGAGCGCCGGGAGAGGCUGCGGAACAUCCUGUCGGUGGUGGGAACUGACGCUCUGAAGAAGUCCAAGAAGGAGGACGACAAAUCCAAGCGGUCGCAGGACGAGUUCCAGCAGACCUGGUACCAUGAGGGCCCAGGCAGUCUGAAGGAGGCUCGUCUGUGGUUGGCCCGAUACUCCCUACCCAGGACAAUGCAGCGGCUGGAGGCAGCACGGGACCAGAAGGAGAUCCCAGAAUCCACCCGGACCGCGCGGCAGCAGGAGCUUCACAAGUCACUGCGGAAUCUGAAUAAUUUCUGCAGUCAGAUUGGGGAUGACCGGUCUAUCUCCUACUGCCAGUUCAGCCCCAACUCCAAAAUGCUGGUCACAGCAUCCUGGAGCGGACUGUGCAAGCUCUGGUCCAUCCCUGACUGCAGCCUCAUCCGCACCAUGAGGGGACACAACACCAACGUAGGUGCCAUCACCUUCCACCCCCAGGCCACACUGUCUCUGGACGAGAAGGACGUGAACUUGGCGUCCUGCGCCGCCGAUGGCUCUGUCAAGCUCUGGAGCCUGGACAGCGACGAGCCUGUGGCCGACAUUGAGGGUCACUCCAUGCGUGUGGCCCGGGUAGCCUGGCACCCCUCCGGCCGCUUCCUGGGAACCACCUGCUACGACAACUCGUGGCGGCUGUGGGACCUGGAGGCCCAGGAGGAAAUCCUGCAUCAGGAGGGCCACAGCAAGGGCGUCCACGACAUGCACUUCCAUCCCGACGGCUCCCUGGCCGGCACCGGGGGUCUGGAUUCGUUCGGCCGGGUGUGGGACCUGCGCACAGGCCGCUGUGUCAUGUUUCUGGAGGGACACCUAAAGGAGAUCUACAGCAUCAACUUCUCGCCCAACGGGUUUCAUGUGGCCACGGGCAGUGGGGAUAACACCUGCAAGGUGUGGGACCUGCGACAGAGGAAGUGCGUUUACACAAUUCCCGCGCACCAGAACCUGCUGUCCUCAGUCCGCUUCCAGCCCACGGACGGGCACUACCUCGUGACCGGCGCCUACGACAACACCGCCAAGGUCUGGAGCCACCCGGGCUGGUCGCCCCUCAAGACGCUGGCCGGCCACGAGGGGAAGGUGAUGGGUCUUGACAUCUCGCCCGACGGGCAGCUCAUCGCCACCUGCUCCUACGACCGCACCUUCAAACUGUGGGUGUCGGAGUGAGAGGAGACCGUGACCCCAGUAUGAGAGACUCUAGACUGGAGUUCCCCACGCUGGCCAUACAGAGCCAUGUGUCUGUUUCAUCUUACCCCAGCCUUUAGCUUCUUAGAAGACUAGUCAUUAGUUCAUGAGGUUGCUCUUCAGACCCAGGUGAAGACGCCUGUAACACACUUCAGGACCAGAGCUGGAGGCCUCACGGAAACUGUCUCCUCUUACCAAUUCACCUUCGUUUCAGCGGGUCUCCACGCCUCAGACCAAAGAGGUCCUUUUUUUCACAGCUGACUGUAGACUUACAAACCACGGUCAGUUUCAGGCUUUUGAAUUUAUUUUUUUUAAAUAGUCCGGGGUUUUCACAGGGCGAGCCCUACUGGCUCUGAGCAGCCAGGGGACAGAACAAGGGUUUGGACUUCUCAUUGAUUAAUGCUACAGCGGCUCCCUCUUGUGGACAGUGGGUGUUAAUCCAGCCUUACGCAGCUGCUGCUGUGCUGUUUUCUUUAGAAUACCAGAAAGUAAAGGAUAUGGAUGAAAAGAAACCACAUAUCAAGCAGCAUUCUUUCGUUUUACAAUUGUUUUUAGUUUAAAAAAUGAGCACCCUUGUUUUUUCUGUGUAAACAUGAGUUUUUCAGCAUGACUGAAUUAAACAUUUGUUAAAAA